GUUUGUGUGAUUAAUAUGGAGUCGUGUACAUAUUGGCUGCAUUGAGCGUUUGUAUAUUGCAAAAGGUUGAAAAUUUUGGAUUGGUGGGCUAAUUAAUUAGAAAAAAAAACGUAUAGAAAGUGAUUCUGCAUGUAUAUGUUGUGGAGGUUGCUAUAGAGAAAAGCAAAGGAUAUUCUCUUUUUUUUUAUAGAACUCUAGUUCGCUGUUGAAUUACAGGGAUCACUCAAUGAAAACCCUCAAUAAUGCAUGUUCAUCCAGUUACAAAAUCUUAAACAAUACAUGUCAUGUUUCCACCAAUUAAGUACAAAAAACCUUCUCAAUGCUUUUACUAAAUAUAUGUAAACUCUAGGACUACGCACUUAAUUCAUUGAAACUCCUCUUUUUAGUGCCAAUUUUGAAAAACUAUCUAACAGUCCAAAUCUAUUACAGAAACUUCAUCGCAAAGCACAAGGCCAAGUUAUUCUACCUGGAGGAGAGAUGCCAAAGUGGUUGCUCCCUAAUAAAGAAGGUUAUAUAUCUUUCGUGGCAUCAAAGAAAUUGUAUAAGAAGUUUCUAGGAGUAGCUUUCUGUAUUGUAUUCCAAGCAAAGGGAAAGAGGUUUUGCAGCUUUAAGCUCGAUGCAUCCGUUGGUGGUAGACAAGGUAAGGUUUAUCGUGGUACUCUCCAUUCAUAUAAUUUGGACCAUGUUUGCCUUGGGUAUCGGGAAACAAAGGAUUUGUGGAGAUUAGAUGAUUUUGGUCCAAAUGACUCAAGUCAUUUCCACGUUAGCAUUAGAGUAUAUGAUAAUGUAGGCAGCAGAGUAAUUGUGAAAAAGUGUGGAUUCCGACUAAUAUGCAAGCCAUUGGAGAAUGAUUUGGAGGUUUUGCUUCAAGACGAUCAGUUUUUGGAUCCAGCCUUACUUUACGAAGUUGGGUAUGAAGAUAGUCAAAUAAGCACCGAGGAAGAUAAUUCAAGUGAAACAGAAGAUUUACAAGAUAGUCAAGUGAGCACCGGGGAAGAUAGUUUAAGCGACACAGGAUUGAACGUUGCUGACUUCUCAAUUGAGGAGCAUCGCUAUUCCCGUAUUCAUCCUCAUUACCGUAAUGUUCGCCCUGGAGGAGAGAUACCAAAGGAGUUCGUCCUUGUUGAAGAUAGUACCAUAUCAUUCAUGGCAUCACAGGACUUGUAUGACAACUUCGUAGGAUUGGUCCUCUGUGUUGUCUUCGGUGUAGAAGAUGGAAAAAAAGAAAUAUCUUUCGACAUCAUGCCGCAUGUUAACGGCGAAAGACGGAAUGUGCUAGCGGGGACUCUCGGUUCAUUUGAUUCGGAUCACAUGUGGAUCCAAUAUCUUGUACCAAAUGUGUUGUGGGGAGUGUUGGAGGGAGCAGUUGAUUUUGGUCAAUUCGAGGAGAGUUAUCUACGAUUUAGCCUUGCAGUUAGAAUACUGGGUGGAACUGUGAAAAAAUUGGGAUACUUGCUGAGUUGCAUGAGACUAGAGGAUGAUUUGAAGGUUGCGCUUGAACACAAUCAAUUAAUGGAUCCAGCUUCACUCUGUGAGGAUUUUGAUUCAGAAGACGAUGACGUGAGAUUUCGUUUACCGAAAUACUUAUGCAGAUUUCACAUUUUUCCAAGCGCAACAAAUUAAGUGGGAAGAGGCGAGUGGAGUAUUGUUGGCAUGCAGAUCUUAAGGAAGCAACAGAUGGCAUUCAGUUCAAUCUCUAAUGUCAGAUUCAAACAUGUGAAAUUGGAUGGAGGGUGACUUGGCACACAACAUUCAUAGCAAUUGUUUGUUUUUCAUAUUUCUUCGUACUUUUAUCUGAACUCCAGAUCAUUUUUUUUUAUCACAAUUGCACCUACUUUCUUUACCAGG